UUCACCGCUCUGAUUUUUCAACCACUCCCACACCACGACGCCUUGAUGCGCCACUGCUCCCUGAACCAUGUAUAAAGCCGCCUCCUCUGGACUCUUCCGUGCGCGUCACCCUUCUACUUCCUCGGCGCUUCGUUUUUCGUCUUUUGCCUCGCCGUCCCUUACCCGAUCUCUCGCUUCUCCGUCGAACUUUCGAGUGUUGCCCUCCGCUGCGAGAUCCGUCGCCUUUUCGAGAUCCUGCAGUUCUUUCUUUCCCAGAUCGCGGGUUAGCUUGAGCGCAGGUUCGCGUUCCGGUUGGAGAUCCCCGAUCUUCUCCAGUGCUCAGAUCAGGGGCUCCGCUGCCGUGAAUAGCUUAUUCAGUAGGAAGAUGGCGACCGUCGCUACUGAAAAUGGCUUCAAUAGUAUCCUGACGGGUCUUCCAAAGCCUGGUGGUGGUGAAUAUGGCAAAUACUUCAGCUUACCUGCUUUAGAUGAUCCAAGAAUAGAUAGACUGCCUUACUCUAUCAGAAUCCUUUUGGAGUCGGCUAUCCGGAAUUGUGAUAAUUUUCAGGUCACUAAGAACGAUGUAGAGAAGAUAAUUGAUUGGGAGAACACUUCCCCUAAGUUGGUAGAGAUUCCUUUUAAGCCUGCUCGUGUUCUUCUCCAGGAUUUUACUGGUGUCCCUGCUGUUGUUGACCUUGCUUGUAUGCGUGAUGCUAUGAACAAGUUGGGUAGUGAUUCUAAUAAGAUAAAUCCUUUGGUUCCAGUAGAUCUUGUAAUCGACCAUUCAGUCCAGGUAGAUGUAGCAAGAUCCGAGAAUGCAGUGCAAGCCAAUAUGGAACUUGAAUUCCAAAGGAACAAGGAAAGAUUUGGUUUCUUAAAGUGGGGAUCUACUGCUUUCCAGAAUAUGUUGGUGGUUCCACCAGGUUCUGGCAUUGUCCACCAGGUUAAUCUAGAGUAUCUUGGUCGAGUUGUUUUCAACACCAAUGGUAUCCUGUACCCUGAUAGUGUGGUAGGAACUGAUUCCCAUACUACUAUGAUUGAUGGACUGGGAGUAGCUGGUUGGGGAGUUGGAGGAAUUGAGGCUGAGGCUGCUAUGCUUGGUCAGCCCAUGAGCAUGGUCUUGCCUGGUGUAGUAGGUUUUAAGUUGACAGGGAAACUACAAAAUGGUGUCACAGCAACAGAUUUGGUUUUGACUGUCACCCAAAUAUUGAGGAAACAUGGAGUUGUUGGCAAGUUUGUCGAAUUCUAUGGUGAAGGUAUGGGUGAGUUAUCAUUGGCUGAUAGGGCAACAAUUGCUAAUAUGUCACCUGAAUAUGGAGCAACAAUGGGUUUCUUCCCUGUGGAUCAUGUCACCUUGCAAUAUCUUAAGUUGACUGGAAGAAGUGAUGAGACUGUGGCUAUGAUUGAGGCCUAUUUGCGUGCAAACCAAAUGUUUGUUGACUAUAAGGAGCCUCAGAAGGAAAGGGUUUAUUCAUCUUAUCUAGAAUUAAACCUUACAGAUGUUGAGCCCUGCAUAUCAGGUCCUAAAAGACCUCAUGAUCGUGUACCCUUAAAAGAGAUGAAAGCAGAUUGGCAUUCUUGUCUGGACAACAAAGUUGGAUUCAAGGGAUUUGCAGUGCCCAAGGAAUCACAAGAAAAAGUUGUGAAGUUUGAUUUUCAUGGCCAACCUGCCGAGCUCAAGCAUGGUAAUGUUGUCAUAGCAGCAAUAACAAGCUGCACAAACACAUCAAAUCCAAGUGUCAUGCUUGGUGCUGGACUUGUUGCAAAGAAGGCGUGUGAAUUGGGUCUUCAGGUUAAGCCUUGGGUGAAAACAAGCCUUGCCCCUGGUUCUGGAGUUGUUACCAAGUAUUUGCUCAAAAGUGGCCUUCAAGAAUAUUUAAAUCAGCAAGGAUUCCAUAUUGUCGGAUAUGGUUGCACAACAUGUAUUGGAAAUUCUGGGGACCUUGAUGAGUCUGUGGCUGCUGCCAUUUCAGAUAACGAUGUUGUCGCUGCUGCUGUGCUUUCCGGAAAUAGGAAUUUUGAGGGGCGUGUCCACCCACUUACACGAGCGAACUAUUUGGCCUCACCUCCACUAGUUGUAGCAUAUGCACUUGCUGGAACGGUCGACAUUGAUUUUGAGAAAGAACCAAUUGGUACAGGGAAGGAUGGGAAAAGCAUAUAUUUCAGGGAUAUAUGGCCAUCCACCGAAGAGAUUGCACAGGUUGUGCAAUCGAGUGUGUUGCCUGAAAUGUUCAGGAGUACAUAUGAAGCAAUUACAAAAGGCAACCCUAUGUGGAAUCAGCUGACUGUCCCAGUGACAACCCUCUAUUCAUGGGAUCCGAAGUCUACCUACAUUCAUGAACCACCAUAUUUUAAGGACAUGACUAGGUCCCCACCUGGCCCUCAUGGAGUGAAGAAUGCAUAUUGCUUAUUGAACUUCGGCGACAGCAUCACAACAGAUCAUAUAUCACCAGCUGGUAGCAUCCAUAAGGAUAGUCCUGCUGCAAAAUACCUGCUUGAGCGUGGUGUAGACCGCAAGGAUUUCAAUUCAUAUGGCAGCCGGCGUGGCAAUGAUGAAAUAAUGGCAAGAGGAACAUUCGCAAACAUUCGUCUUGUCAAUAAAUUCUUGAAUGGGGAAGUGGGACCGAAGACUAUUCAUAUUCCAACAGGGGAUAAACUCUAUGUUUUUGAUGCAGCAAUGAGAUACAAGACUGAAGGACAUGAUACCAUAGUUUUGGCUGGAGCAGAGUAUGGUAGCGGGAGCUCACGUGAUUGGGCUGCGAAGGGCCCAAUGUUGUUGGGAGUUAAAGCUGUGAUUGCUAAAAGUUUUGAGAGGAUCCACCGUAGCAACUUAGUGGGAAUGGGUAUAAUCCCACUCUGCUUCAAGCCUGGUGAAGAUGCCGAUUCACUGGGUUUAACUGGACAUGAACGUUACACAAUAGACCUUCCAAGUAGCGUAAGUGACAUAAGACCGGGACAAGACAUUACUGUUGUAACAGAUACAGGGAACUCAUUCACAUGUACUCUACGAUAUGAUACCGAGGUGGAGCUGGCAUACUUCGACCAUGGAGGGAUUCUCCCGUUUGUCAUCAGAAACUUGAGCAGUUCUAAUCAUUGAGUAGCACAUUUCUCUUGGCAACUUAAAGCUGUUAGCAUUGCUUGUCUUUAUGCCACGACGGGUCAGCUUCCGGUCAGAGUGUUGGGCGGUUCGAAUAAAUUUCAAAUAAAGGAGCUUGAAUGGGAGUAAUUCCUCUGCUAGAUUUAUCAGUAGCGAUCACCCGUUUGCUAAAUGGAUUGGAUUGCAUGGUGAUCAGUUCAUUUGCAGUAAGAUUGACAAAUGACAGUAGGGUUAUGACUUUAAACUCCUGACGUCUGAGAUUAAAUAUAUAUGCUGUUUGAUUUUGCAAUGUCACCAAAAAUGCAACCCUAAAUUAUCAGUGAUACCUGCUGAACGAAGCUUAGGCAAUCUUGUGAUUUAACGUUGCUUAUUUGAACUUGCAAAUGUCAUUCGGAUCUUUGAGUCAA